AUCAAUUAACUGGGAUGGCUUAGCGCCGAGGUACACGAGAGACGAGCCUCGUCCCUGAAGAUGUACCGAGCUACCCCCGAGUGUUUGUCCCGACCUCGAAGACCCCGCCUUUUGGCACGAGACGCGGAGGAAGAGGAUGUAGUCAGCGUCUCGUGAACGCGAGCCGUGGCCUGGCGUGAGUGCCCGUGUAGGAGGAUCUUUGAGAAACCCCUCCCUCCUCGUGGACGCUUCUCCCUUCCUCCUGAUCCUCCUCCCGGUGUUUCUCGAUCGGUUUCACCUCCAGAGAGAGGAAGAACCGGCAGAAAGGAGAGGAGGAGAUUUCACUGCGGAAAGAGAGAGGGCAUAAAUCGGAGAGUGAUGUUUCGAUGAUAAGCCACGAGGUGUAGUCGACUCGGGGGAGUUCUUUCUGAUUCAUCCGAUGCCGCGUUCACACCACGGCGCCUUUGAGCCUUGUCAGCGUCCGGAUCUCGAGGUGAGGACAAGUCCUGUUGACGAGAGGUGUGAGAGCUCGUCGACGAUGUCGGGCAACCUCUGAUAUUCGGCUCAGGAUCUCGAACCUUGCUGAUUACUUCGGAACGUUGUAAUGAGCGAUCACGAAAGAUAAGAAUCCUACGAAUCUCGGUUUACCGAUCUCUUCUUUUUUCUCCCCACUCAGGUCUCAACAUUGACAAACGAUAUAUACCCACGUUGCACGUGUCGUUCAAAUUGUUUUCUACGUUUAUAUUGUUGUUUACUCGCUGUUGAACGAAAGUAAAAGGAAUUGCGGAAGUGUACGUGUUGUAACAGUUUUGGUUGCCAGUUAUGGAAACGCUGAGUGAACGUGAUUAAUCGUGCGAUUUGUCGAAACGAAUUAUGUAAUUAAAAAGAAAAAAAAAAAAAAAAAAAAAACGAUUCCUGGGUAAUUGUAAGUGAAUCGUGUGUCGGAAGCAAUUCGAGGAUCGGUAAAAAAAUGCAACGGCAACAUGAUCAACGACACGACGUUACUACCGAUUGUUGUUAUCAACAAUGGCCGUCUCAUCACCAAUCUCAUCAUCACGCUCAACCCAUAACGAACGUACCAUCCCCGAUGCAACAAAUGGAAGCAUGUUUGCAAUCGGCGGGACGGGUGAAACGAUCACGCAGCCCAAACUUGUCGAAGUCGUCCCUAACUCCGCACGUCGCCAACUCGUCCAUCUCUUCGUCGGCUGCCGUUCAAUCGCGCAACAACGACAGCAACAACAACAGCCACAAUCACAGCGAUCAUCAUCCGAGCGAGAAUGGCGCGAAUUCGACGGAAGAUGCCAGCUCGAAGAGGCCUCUCCAUCCGGCUCUCGUCGGUGCCGGGGCUGCGUUGGAAGCGAAGCCUCUUUGGGAAGAAUUCCAUCAAUUGGGAACGGAGAUGAUCGUCACCAAAGCUGGAAGAAGGAUGUUCCCCACGUUUCAGUGUCGAUUUUUCGGUUUGGACCCCACUGCCGAUUAUCUGCUAGUUAUGGAUUUCGUGCCCUGCGACGACAAACGAUACAGAUACGCUUUUCACAGCAGCGCUUGGGUGGUUGCUGGUCGCGCGGAUCCAGUCUCACCCCCAAGGAUUCACGUACACCCUGACAGCCCCGCGAGCGGAGCUCACUGGAUGAAGCAGCCAGUUUCUUUCGAUAAGCUGAAACUCACAAACAAUCAGCUCGACGACAACGGACACAUAAUCCUGAACUCGAUGCACCGGUAUCAACCACGAUGCCACGUUGUGGUGGCACCCUCGCCGCCUGGUUCCGCGCCGGACCCCCGCACGGAGAACUUCAAAACCUUCACCUUUCCGGAAACUCGGUUCACCGCGGUCACAGCUUACCAGAAUCAUCGUAUCACUCAGCUGAAGAUCGCCAGCAAUCCGUUCGCGAAAGGUUUCCGUGACUGUGAGUCGGACGAGUGCGACUCCGUCGCUGUCUCGAGCAUGCAGAAUCCUGCCAAGAGACCUGCAACAGGGAGCACCAGCGUUCUGACGUCGAACUACGUGAACACGAUACCCACCGUGCAAAUCCCAGGCAUAUCCAGCCAGGAGCAUCAUCAGUUUUAUGGUAGCACCGCGGCAGGACCUUGGACUUAUCCUGGACACCAUGGGCAACCAACAGCCCACAUGAACUCCGUCCACUAUCCUGCGCAUCCUCAUCAUCCUCACACUGGACCGUCGCUGUACGGGCCACGGUAACUCGGAUCUCUCUCCCUCUAUCUCUCUUUCUCUUUCAUCGGGAAUUUUCAUGAACAAUUUUGAUAAAAUUGUGAACGAUUGUGAUUACUGACGAGAGUAGUAUCUUUUUUCUUUCUUUUUUUUUUUUUUAUACGGUAAAUGCUUGUUGUUAAAAAUUGUUCGAUGGAAAUAUUUCUAUCGGACAAGUAAGUGUUGGACAGAGUACAAGUUCAAAGAUCGUGCCUUGAUAAUGUAAGAAACAUUUUGUCAAAGUUAUAUAUGCCAAAGAUGAUGUCAAUUAAUUUUGUUUAAGUAUAUAGUAUAUAUAUAUAUAUAUAUAUAUAUAGUUAUAGCAUUGUCACAUAAAUUAUACGUAUAUAUAUCUUUGUGACUUGAGAAUAAUGAUAUAUGAUCGGCGCAGGAUCCUUAAGUAAAUGUUAAGUUAUUGUUUUUAUAUAAAAACUUGCCCCUUAUUUAUUAAAAAAAAAAAAAAAAAAAAAAAAAAAAACACUUGACACGUUCAACGAUAUAUUUAAUUUACUUUUUAAAAUACAUCAGAACGCUCACGUUAAUGAUUUA